AUGGCGUCGCCCUACCUUCGUGACCAAGUGCUGGUCACCCUGACUGCUGUGAAUCCGCCUCCCGACUUUUCCUUUCCGACUCGUCGCCUUCUCCUUGAAUCAAACCAAUCAGUCCCUCUUGGACGUAUGAGCAAGAAAAACACCACAUAUGCUGCCACCGGAAAGAAUGGCUGGAUAGACUCCGCCGUCAUGUCCAGAACCCAUGCUUCACUUUAUUAUGAUCAACAGCACAAGGCCGUUUUCCUCAGUGAUGUCGGUUCCCUUCACGGAACCUUUUAUAAUGAUACCCGAUUGAAGCCUCAUCAAAUUCAGGCUAUCAAGGACGGCGACCAUAUCCGGUUCGGCAUUCCUGUUGACAGAGGAUCAGAUAUAUGUGCUCCUUGUAUCAUGGAAGUUGGUGUUCAAUUUGGGCCGCAGGGCUCCUUUCAAGCCCCGACCGUUUUCAGAGUGCCCGACGAGACCGAUGAGGAAGAUAGCGCCGAAGAAGAUCACAAAGAAGAUCACGGCGAUAGUACCAUCCGACACGGCUUGCAGGUUCUGCGAGACAACAACAUUCGCCCGGCCAAAAACUGCAUCAUUCGAGAAGAAGUCGUGACUAUUGACCUAUCUGACAACGAGAUGGGCUCGCCCGCGCCCGAGGAUCAAACAGCCUCUACCAGGUCCAUCCAGGAUCUGACGACUGACAGGGCUAUCUCUAUCUCUGAGAAAUCUCACUCACGUAUACCUUCUCCUCCGGGAACGAUUGAUAUCCCAGACUAUAUCCCAGAUGAUAUUUCAGACGACGACGCCGUCUUCUACGAAGAUGAAUAUGAGGGGGAGUACAUGUCUGAGUCUGAUGACGAUUCCCAUGACCAAUCUUCACUAGAAGACACUCAUCUUGAUCACCCUUUACAUCACAAUGUCUUGGACAGCGAUCAGCAUGUCCCUCAUAUCGAAGCCACGGAAAUUCAUGAGGCAGAAAUAUUCGAUCGGUUUGAAAACCAUUGCCUGCCUCCCAUCAUGAAUUUCUCGCUGCCAAAUGCAGCCUCUGCUCCAAAUCAACCUUUGCCUGGCGUGCAGCUGCCGUCCCUCUUUGACACUUUCCGAUCGCAGGAAAUAUCCACGGGUCAAAAUAACACCACAUACACUCACACCAACGAAACAGAUACUCCAAAUCAAUCUUUUGUUAGUGUCCCCACGGCUCCUGAGCAAGUCGAGACCAGAUUCUGGCCCGUAGACGUUGCCCAGAGUCGAGCAACCGAGUCCAGUCUACUGUUGGACUCGGGAGCCGAGUUCCUCAAGUCUCCACUCAAAGAACAUCUUGAGGUAAACAUAAGAUCGGAAGAACAUACUCUCGACUACGACGAAUCCUCCGCCUACCAAUUCGAGGUAACCAAAGCGGCUCUUCAGCAACAGUGGCAGAAGAAGCAGCCGAUUCAGCAAGACGAACCUAUCCAGCAAGACGAGCCGAUUCAACAAGACGAGCCUAUUCAGCAGGAAGAGCCUAUUCAGCAGGAAGAGCCUAUUCAUCAGGAAGAGCCAAUCCACCAAGGCGAGCAGGCUCAGAAUCAACAACAGCAGCCGAAGGCUGAGCUUAGAAGCGUCCACACGGACGCUGAUCAGCCUAUGGAGUCUCCAGAGAAGGCGGCUGGAAAGAAACGCAAGGCUAUGGAAAUUUCCGAAAUGACUGCCGAGGAAAUACCCUUUGCCGAGCUCACCCCAGCUCGAGACAACUCUCCACCUUCUGCAAAGCCUACGUCUGUUGACGAUUCUGCAAUGGACAUCUCUCCCGUCGACGUCCACUCCGGAACUGAGGAGCCGCAAGUGAAGCGAUUGCGCAAAGCUGCUGAAAUUUUUGGAUAUGCGGCACUUGGAGGAGUUGCUGUCAUGUCUGCCUUGAUUGCCACUGCCCCAACACUAUAA